UCCAGCCAGAGAAGCUCAAGGUGGCCACUGCAAUCGCCGCAUUUGCCGGACCAAGCAUCUAUUUGAGCCAUUCGGUAUGUGGGCCGCCCGGCGUCCAGCGCGAAGAUCCGCUGUACAAGGUGCUCGCGAAGCUCGUGCCAUUGCCAUUUGCGCAGCUGCCCUGGGUGCGCCGUUGCUCUUGCCGCGUCUCUUCCUUCAGUUUCCGUGCCCAGGACUCGCGACCAGGAGGUCAGUAUAUCCCUCUGCUAGAAUGGCCCACACAGCUACAGCCUCGAGUGGAGGCAAGGAGAAGUUGCGCAAGUACUUCUUUGGGGACAUCUACCAACAAGGCAAGUACGAACCCCUACACCCAGAGCUGUUUGAGAACCAGGCUGAGAACCUCAAGAGGUGGCUCUCGCCUGCCUUCCUGGCAGCAGCCACUUCGGGCGACUUCAAGGAGGUCUUACGAGAAGAAUCACCAGGAGUGUUCUCCUUCGAGAUCUUCAAGCCUGAGUUCUGCGACAUGCUGCUUGAGGAGGUCAGUCAUGCACAGCAAACAGCUCGUGAGGUGUUGGACCGUCCCAACGGUAUGAAUAGGUACGGACUGGUGCUCAAUCAGCUAGGUUUAGAGCCUCUCAUCACCAUGCUGCAGCAGGAGUACUUGAUGCCACUGAUGGCAUCCUUGUACCGAACGGAAAGUGACGGAUGUGAAGACCAUCAUUGCUUCAUAGUGAGGUACAAGGCAGGUGAAGAUGUUGGCCUUGACAUGCACGAGGACGAUUCAGACAUCACGCUGAAUGCAUGCCUCGGCAAGGAGUUCACUGGCGCGACCCUGACCUUUUGCGGUUUGGUCACUGAUGAAAAGCACAGAAAGAUGCAGUACACCUAUGCGCAUGAGAAGGGCCGUGCUGUCAUCCAUCUAGGCCGGCACCGCCAUGGUGCAGACGACAUCGAAUCUGGCGAGCGGAUCAACUUCAUUCUCUGGUCGACCAGCGAGAAGUAUCGAGCGUCAGAGGCGUACAAGCUGCACAGACUGCGAAGCUCAGCUGCUGAUCCUCCCGACCCAAUAUGUCUCUCGUACACGCACGACCGGGACUACACAAAAUACCGCCCAAAGCUUUCCAAGGCGGAGGCGCUGUCGAGGGGCGUGAUGUUGGAAGCGGUGGAGCGAAGAUUGGACAUGUACCAGAGACCGGUGCUGGACCUUUCUCGCCCAAUCGAGGAGAUCAAUUCGGUGCCCAGUGUAUGCCUGUUCCUGGAGGGGUUGCCGCCCUACAGGCAGCACCAGCUGUUUCAAAACCUCAUGGAGAUGGCCAAAGAGGUACACGCGAGCGUCGACACGGCGGAAGGGCAGGUGCCGCCGAUCAUUUUCUUUGUUGCGCUGCAGCCCAGCGGAGCAGUUCCCCAGGUGCGAGCACUGGGCGGUGUGACCUCGAGUCCGGCGCUGGUAAUUCUUGACGUGGAUGGGGAGAAGAAGUAUCGCUUCAAUUCGGAGGAUUUUGACACGGCGGUCAUGCAGAGCUUCGUGACAUCCUUCAGGGAAGGAAAGCUGCAGGCUGAGCCCAUUAGUUCCGAAGCGCCUGAGCCAGCAAAGCAGACACAACCUCCAGAGGCGCAAAGUCUGUCUUCUGGGACACCAGGGUCUCAAUCACCAGCAGAGGCACGGGGGUCAGGCUGCACGUUGUUGUGAGCGCGCAAAGUUUGUACAUAGACAUUUGGAAGCAAUACCGGGCUUCGCGGCCCCUUACAAAUGAUUAGAUUGUCAGAUUCAAGCUGUCGAAGAACACAGCCCGACGUUGCCGUCAAAGUCUGGCAGGCAACAAAGAUAGAAUGGGAGGCCUUUGCAGAUUCAGCACCUUGAAGCUUGGCUUCUCACACUUAGCUUCCAUUGGCCUGUGGAUCAGGG